UUGAGAAAUUUGAAAUGCAGUCACAAUAUUGUAGGAUUAAGGGCAUUAGGAGUUUUCAAUAAAUUUAUAACAACACCUCUUUGGAAAAUUAUUGAAGCUGACAAUACACAUAUUCUAGACAUGAAUGCGCACUACCAUAAUCUCAUCCAAUUUUUAGAAGAUGUUGCGACAAAUGUAGAAUCAGCAAACGAACUCUUAACUGGCGAAAGGCGGCCAUUCCCCAAUAUAAAGAUAAAGAAAGAUGAAGUCUGGGAAGUUUUGGUCAAACAACAGACCAAUGAUGCAUAAACUGUGAGUCUGUUGAUGCAGAUGGCUGCCGCAACAUGCAAAUCAUUAAAAGAAAAAGUAAAAGAUCAUUUACCCGGUGGAAAAUUUGAAAAUGUUACAGCAGAGGUACAAAUACAAAUGAAAUCAGUCAUUCCACACAACAAAUUACCUGAGUGGGUAUUUGGAUACCUGGAUUGGCUCCUUAAACACAGACCAAAUUCAACUAGACUAGCCAAGGAAGCACACAUCGUUUACAAAUUGAACAAAACAUCAGAGUGGCUCCACAAAAAAAGUGAACUAGAGAUUGAAAAGCUAGUUCAAUGGUCAAAGAGAAUGUUACCCAUUAUCAAGUUUCAGGAGAAAGAGAGAAUCAAAGAAAUAAAAAAGCAAAUGGAGGAUUUAAGCAAAGCAAAGGAAGAAAAAAGCAAGACAAAAAAAGCCAAACAACAGGAAGAGAAAAGAGAAUUACUGGAUGCCAUCUUUGUACAAGGGCUCUGGAAGUCAAGGCAAGAAAUAGAAAUGAAACUACAACAGAAGUCAAAAACAGAGAAAAGAAAGAUGCUGACUAGUCAAAUAAAAUUUAGACAGUUAAUCCUAGAACAAUCAGCUGACAAAAAAACUUUCCAAAUAAGCAGAAUUGAAGGCAAGCCAGUUACUGUAGAUAUGCUGAUGUCGAACUUAGAGAUCUUAAUAAGAUUGGAAAAUGUAUCAGAAGUAGAAGAAGAAGUAGAAGAAACACUGACAGAAGAAUGAAAGGCGACAUAACAUUUACUUAAAAUUGAAAUAAAACACAUUUUCUUUUUGAUGAAUUUUAAAUAUAAACAAGUGGAGAUGUUAGAUAAACUUAAAUGAGACAGCAACCUAACAGUUCAAUCACAAUAUAUAUCUGGAGGUCAUGUCAAACUGUAUGCAAAAAUGAAGAUUGUGGUUUACAUUAAAAUUUUAAUACAUAUAUAAUAUAG